AUGGUCAUGACUAUCACUUCUACCACAGUGCUGGAUGGUAGAGUAGAUGGCGAGCAGCUCGCGGCCAAAAACACUGUAGCGAGUCUCAGCAGCAAUGGCCAGACCCUCAUCGAGGAGGCGGCGCGGACGGGCGGCGACGGGUGGACCACGCCUGACAAUGUGGAGCUGUCGCAUGCUGUUGAGCAUCUGGGAAAGGCGGCGAUCUCUAAGGUCCUCGGAGCCGGCCCCAAGGCGCCGGCCGAGCGGGGACGGCGAUACGUGACCAUCUUCCAAGACCUGCUGUUGUGCGCGGUGAACGCCUCGGUGAUCGUGUCUUACAUCGCGCUGUACACAAACGACGCCAACCGGUACUUUGUCGAGUAUCUUCACAGCAGGGGUUCCGCUGGCGAUAGGCUGAUCAGUCGCAUCGACUCUCUGCACAGCCGGUACGGCCACGACGCUGUGAACAUGGGCACUUGGUGGAGCCUGCUGGCACCGAUGAUGGUCGUGUCGUCCAUCACAUGGUGGCAAAGCCUCAGUAGCGGAGCCCUCCAUGACUUUGAUGCACCAAUGCAGGCGGACGCCCAAAGAACCAUCAAGGUGGCCUUGCGGAAACAGCUGAAUGGCUACAGAAACCUCAAUAACUGGCAGGUGGCGUCCGUGGUCGUGUUCCUCUGCUGGGUGCUGCGCCGGUCCUAUCCCUUCGUUUACAACCUGAAGGAGGACCUCAUCGAUAACUUCGACGUGCUCACCGUAGACUUCGUCAUGGUGCUGGUGGCGCUGGCGCUGCCCGCUUCGUCGAGCCGUCUGCUGGAGGCGCCCACGCGCGAGUACGCCAACCUGUGGUUCCGUCUCCCGUGGACGGCCCUGCUGACGCUCGGCUGCAGCGGCUACAUGGCCGAAGCGGUGCGUACCUCGGACGUGGUCGGCUGGCUCACCCAGUGGGCACCGCGCAGCGCGCAGUACAAGUUCGUCACGCAGCUGCUGCUCACGCUCGGCGCGGCUGUGCUCACAGAGUUGGUGGGCCGCAAGGCCACCGUCUCGGUUAUGAUGCCCGUCAUCAUGGACAUCGCAGCGGCGGUGCCUUGCAACCCCCUGUACCUGUGCAUCCCGGUGACCGUGGCUGCAAGCACGACGCUCUUGUUGCCAACAUCAUCGUUCGCCAUGGCCUACGUGUACGACCGUCUCGCGAUCGGACCGUGGGACCUGGUACGCCAUCAAACUCCUUCACACACACAUUUGCGUUCGACGAAUGCCUUGACAGUGUGA